ACUGUCUGUCUGGUUUGUCAUUUGGAGCCCGUCCCGAUAUCGCGCAUCGCGAAGUCCCGCGCCGCCACACCUCGCGCGCAACAUCAUAUCCGGUGGCGCAGAUUGGAGUAUAAAGCAAAAGUGCCGGUCUGGACUGGGCUUAGUCCAGCACUAUAAAUUAUUUUAGCUGCAAAAUGUUUUCUCGCGGCGUUAUUAGCCGCUCGUUCAACGCGCCUCACGGCAUGAGGAUCCAGGCUGUGCGAGACGGUGCGAGCCGCCUCUGGCGAAAAUCCUUCUCGACUGGCCGUCUCCGUCACUCAUCCAGCGAGGGCACACUCGCGCAUCAACCAGUCAUCUUGAAGGAGGGAUAUCUGAGCAAGCCGUCGUUUUUCAGAUUUGUAAGUUCAAACUAUGCAGUAUUCUGGGCAACGUAGCUACGCAGCUACUGCUAGCGACGAGAAAGGGAGUUUCACUGCUGAUGUUUUUUGCAGGGUGGUAAGAAACGGAGAUGGUGCGUGCUAAGAAAGUUUUCUCCCUCCGAAGCGAGUAUUGACCUCUACGUAGACGACACGAAGUCGCGCUACAAGGGGAGCAUAUCGCUGGACCGGGACGCUGCACCUCUCCUGAUCGUCAAGAACGCCGACAAGAAACGGAAGGUGGCGCGCCAGUGUUACUUCAUCAUCAAAGUCGGAAAGGGCACCUUUCAAUUCACCUGUGAUUCGUUUCGCGAGCUGACGGAGUGGUGCGCCCUCAUCCGUCAAGCAAUGGAUGUAGGGAACACCUUUUCUGGCCUGAUAACAGAGCCUGGAAAUAUCUCCGAGGGACCUGUGAACAUCAAGUUCACCUCAAAUUGCAUUGCAGUCGUGUGUCCCAUCAAGGAAGCAUCCCUCAAGACGUGGCUGCUUCACAAGAUAACUUCGUUCGGCCAAUGUGGUGGCAUUUUUACCUUCGAGGUGUGUCCACACUGCUCGGACUCUUCAGGCUCCGUGCAUCGCUGCUCCAUCAACUUGAUCCAGGAGAAACCGACCAUUAUCCUCAACAUACUCGAGAGGGCUAUCCGCAGCAAUCCGAACACGAGUGAGAUUCACUACGAGCGAAGCAUCCUUGGAGAUAUCUACCACUGCGGUCACGACUGCACCCAGCCGGGUAGACUUGUGCCGGCCUACUCCGACCCAAACAUCUUCAGUAGCGGCGGGUCCUUUAGUCCUCCGAGAACCCCAAGAGCAUCGGUAGAGGUCUACACUAGAGAACAGGUUGAGAGCAUUGAUUCGGGUCUGCCAGGAACCCCUCAGCCCGAAGAACUAUCGAAUGGCAUUCCGUCACCGACAUCCAGUUACAGGUCAAACCCGUUUCGCUCACCGCGCCACCAAGUCCACUUUCCUCCCGGGGAAGAGGAACUGGAACGACACCCCGUUUUCAGAAGAAGACAGAGCGACGAGACUCCCAUGCGAAGACGAAGCGAUAACCUCCCCUCAUCUCCACCAGCAGAGAGCUCGCCUGUCAAACUGAUGCUUCCAAACCACGGGAGGGUCCAGUAUGCUCUGAUAGAUCACAGUGCCCCGGCAAGAAUGAUCCGUCCAGAAGAGUAUACCAUAGAGACCCAACACACAACUGAAACUUCUCCAAAUCUCACUGCAACUGUUCCUUCUGGCGAAACUGCCACAGUUUACUCAACAGAGCAGGAACCAAAGGAGAGAAGAAACACUUACAACAAACUGAAAACUCUGGAAGAGUCUACAGAGGCAGUGGACGACGUCAUAUACGACGUCCCCAACUGUGAAUUUCUCUCCGAUCCAUUCAUGCCCUCACCUCCCUCUCCCCAGUACGACGUAGACACUACUGCAGUCACAAGGAGCCCAAAUCAUCACGCUUUAACGUCGCCCUCUCCAAAUCAUCACGCUUUAGCGUCGCCCUCUCCAAAUCAUCACGCUUUAGCGUCGCCCUCCCCAAAUCAUCACGCUUUAGCGUCGCCCUCCCCCAAUCACGCCAGAACUUCUCCAAUUGGAUCUCCUGCAAUUCUGUCGCCUUCGCACCAAAAAUACACAGCAGGGACCGAUGUUCAAGACAGGGAGGAAGACUAUGCGGAAGCAUGGAUAUCUGCUUUUCCCAGACGAAAGGCAGGGCCAGGGAAGAGAGAAGCCCAAGUUACACGUCUGCCCAAGAACCACGCCUUGGCAGUAAGGGACACAGGCUCCAGGAAAAGGUUCCAGAGCAGCUCUGAUAUACUAGAUGGUCCGAUGGCUACAAGCUUUGCCAAUCGCACAAGAGAUGUCAUUCAGAAUGGUGGAGUCUAUCGACCCCGAACGGCAUCAGUGUGUUUGAACAGUAGCGACCGUCACUUGGAAAAAGCCAGCAACGACUUCCUGAAACGACUCAAUGAGGAGGAAGAGAAGCUGAGCAAAGUGCUCGCAGCCUCGCGUAAGGAGCGAAACGAAGAGAUCAUGGAGGAAGCCCGUGACAGGCUUGGAGAUCUGAACAAGGCCUACAUGUUCACCUUAGACGACCUAGAUCACGAAUACUCCGAUCCGGACACAAUUCUCGAGACUUGUUCGAAUCUCGUAGACUACCAGACUCGCUCUCACCCCAGCUAUCUCCCUGGUAGUGCGCUCCCGGUCCACAAAGAACCAACGAACAACAUCAAGGGAUAUGCGUACAAAGUGACCAUUCCGUUUACAAAUACUCAGUAUGAUGUACCACGACGUGCUGCAGCCGCACCAGACCUUACCACAAUGAGCCAAGAUGCUCCACCAAAGCCAAAGAGACACGUAUCUACUGAACACUUGUACUUCAUGAACAGCUGAACGCAUACACACAGAUACACAGAGUCCACUCUAUAAAUCACAUUUGCUUGCUCUUUACGUCCAAUUUGUUUUGUCCAGUAAGUGUUUGUGCCAACUGUUAACUUCUUUAUAUUGUGUAAAGGAAAUCAGAUUUGGUGCUUAUGUGCCACCACACAUUCAACACACGUGUCAUCACUUCCAGGUAUGUCAUCAAUUGUAUCAUUAUUCGGCCAGUUUUUUUCCGUGUAUCUCAUCCACCCCCAUUUCGACACUAUAAUUAUAUUCAGACAU